GAUUUGCACGCCGCGGUUCGUAUGGCGUGCAAGGGCGGGUCGUCGCUGAGCAUGGCGCUCUUUGAGGAGCUGGGCGCCCACAUGCGCGAGGCGGCCGAGCACAUCUUGUUGAAGAACUUGCGCAAGCUGUCCACUGGAGUCUUCAAGCACGUUACGAUUGGCCACGACGUAUUCGACCCUGAUGCUGUAGAAGAUCUCGACGAGGAAGGGAAGAAGAGGGUGUCGAAACACUUCAUGGAUGGCUUGAUGGAUGUGUCCACAGUCCUGGGUGAAUUAAAAGCAAUCGAGUCGUGGCAAUCUACAGAGGUCGAUGCCGCCUGCAAAGCGAUCAAGGCCAAGGACCAGCACCGUGGCCCAGCAGAUCAUCGCGUCGAGGUGUUCAACCACGUGGCCGAGGUCGCGAAGAGCGCCGCUGCGCUGAUCAACUUCUUCAGGUUGACCAAGGCGUAUGCGUCCUGCACUCUCCCGGAGAAUGAUAUCCUUAACCUGUGGCAGAAGCAUCGGGACAAAUGGGAACCCCGCCUCAAGACAGAGGAGUGUGACUUCAAUCCUGGCAACAUGAGUGAGAUCAUCAAAGGGCUCUUUAUGGCGUUCAGAGUGAUAGCGGUUGACGUGCAGGCGCAUUGCUGCUCCCUGUGCGUGCAUGAUGGGACUGGUGAUCCUUCUAGGUCGGUUCUGGCCGACCUGCCCGUCCUCGAACUGGAGAUGAUCAACAAGCUGGAGGUCACCGCCGACGGCGACAUUGCUGACGCGGACGGGAUGCACGACGCGAUCGAGAAGUGCCGCGCGUUCUCGGCCAAGGACCAGGAGAAUUUCGACAUCCAGUUGGGGCUGGCCGCCGCCGCCAAGAUCAUGGUGCACCUGCCAGGGCACCACCAGGUGGAGAACGACGACAUCGACCCGCUGCUGGCUUUCCGCGUCAGGGCGACCGACGCAUUGAAAGCGAUGAACUCAAUCAAUUUCAAAGCCCCCUCUGCGUUCCAGGAGUACAGCGACGCACUGAAGCACCAUGGGAAAAUCAAGUCGCUCCUGAGGCGCUCGACCGCGCUGGAAUGCGCGAGCGGCAUCACGGGCCACCUUGCGACGUGGGCGGAGAAGGGCCGCGAGAAGCUGAUGUUGCAGCUGACGGCCGUCACGAGCCGCAUGGCCGAGACGACGACGACGCUGACCGAGAAGACCAAGGACAUCGACCUCAAGUUCCUGCAGAAGGACGGGCUCAGCAACAUCGAACUUAUCAAGGGGAUCAUCGACAU